GGUUUUAGGCAUGCUGAGCAAGGUGAAUUCACUCGCAGAGCAUUUGACAAUGACAAACUUGAUCUGACUGAAAUCGAAGGACUUGCCGAUUUGUUAAAUGCCGAAACUGAAGCUCAGAGGCGACAAGCUUUAAGACAAGCUCAA